AUGGCAGUGAAUAAUAAAUGCGAGGUUCCACCACAGAUAAUUUGUGAAGAAGGAUCCGAUUCUAUUCUACAUUACUUGCAGAGGCAGGUACACAACGGGUAUACUACAAGGACUUUUGAAAACCAAAACUUUUUCAAAAGAGUGAGAGGUAAUGUACUGCAAUCAGCAGUAUUGAAUCCCCACUCUGCACGUGCUCAGUAUCUUCAAGAACAGACACAUACGUUGAAUACGACAAGUCGUAUGCGCACUCCAUUAAGACCUCCACUCGGUGCAACCACGUUGGAGGCCGAUGAGUUGAUGGAUAAAAUUGUUGGUUUAAUUUAUGGUGCCGCUAUUGGAGACGCCAUUGGUAUAAGUACAGAGCAUAUGACGAGAGAUGAGUGUCGCUUUCACUACGAUAUAGACAAGUUAGAUUAUCAGAGUAUCACGCAAGAUAAGCACAGAGUAAGAUGGCAGAAAGGUGAUUGGACUGUAGAUUUUGAUCAAAUGGCUUUAGUUCUAGAUUCCAUAGUUGCCUGGGCUGGUGUCAUGGAUGAGCUGGACUUUGCACAGAGAUUGUCAUAUUGGUGUUACCAUGGUUUUGCCGAGCUAGGAGACUAUGGACCAAAUCUUGUCUGCAAUACCAUUGCCAAAGUUGUCUCUUCUGAUUGUGGCUUUUUGCAAGAUCCCCACAAUGCUGCUAGAAUAGUAUGGUCCAAAUUCCAUGAUCAAGCUGAAUCCGGUUGCCAUGACUACUUUGCUGACAACGGUGCUAUUGUCAGAACGGCCAUUUUAGGUCUCCUACAGUUUCAUGACUUGAAGGAAGUUACCCAAAAUGCACAGCGUAUCUGCAAGGCAACUCAUUGGGAUCCAAGAUGUCAGGCAAGCUGUAUAGCUGUAUCAGUGUUAAUAGCUUUGUUAUUACAAAGUAAACACAACCUACGUAAUCCAACUGCUAUUGAAGAUAUGAUUAAUAUCGCCAAAGAUACCGGACAGCAUGUAUUGUCAGAUGCCAACCACAUUAAAGAUUAUCUACAGCAUUUCAAUGUACAGGAUUUAGCCAGUGUUAAUGUAUCUGAACCAACUAAACAAAGCUAUACAUUGAAACCGAUGGCGUCAGCGAUAGCUGCACUACGAUUACAGAAGGAUUAUAAAACCACGAUAUCACAAAUCACAAUGAUGGGUGCUGAUAGCAAUAGCAAUGCCUGUGUCGCUGGUGCUGUACUAGGAUGUGCAUAUGGAUACAAUAAAUUGCCCAAAUCAUGGCUAAAUGGUUUACUUCCAAGACAAACUGAAUGGUUGAAUGUCAGAAUUAAUGCUUUAUUGGAUAUGCUAGGAAUCCCAUGAAAAUAAAUCAUAUACAUAGAAAUUCAAGGGUUCAUAAACCUAAGGGC